UUGUUUUUUGGGGAGGACACGUUGGAUUCUUGCACGUUGCAGGAUUCAUCUCUGAUCUGGAGCUGCCUGGCUGAACAAACCGACAUAUUGUUCUAAUACCACGUCGCCUUACCAUUGCUUGUGUGCCGUCUAGACGCUGCAUCAUCGUCGGCAGCAUGCUCAUGCUCAUGCUCACUCUCCACUGACGCACACCAAAACCAUCAUUCUACAAGAAACUUCCCACAAUGUAUACUCUACUCCUUAUACAGCUCCUGAUUUCCCUCCUCGUCUUCCCACACGCUGCUCUCUCCGACCGCCCCCCAGGCAAAGACGCCAUCCUCCUCUCGCGCGUCCGUUCACUCACCCUCCGCGGAAAUCGUCUCACCACUUCAAGACGAGUAUCUCCAAUCCCGCAGUUAAAAUGCACCGGCCCGUCCAAGCGCAUCUGCAAUAUGUACGAGAUCGACACAAUGCGAUGCACAAACGAAGGCUACGACUACGAUGAAGAAGACGUCCAGUGGACCUGCACUGCAUCACUCCCACGAGAGUUCAAGCUCGGGGCUACGGACGUUAUUUGUGAGGGAUACCGGAAUGCCGACGACAAGUGGAUAUUGAAAGGGAGUUGUGGAGUCGAGUAUCGCCUACUGCUGACGGAAGCCGGGGAGGAGAAAUUUGGACACUUGCGCAAUGAGAGAUCAAGCUCUUCAAAUGAUGAGCUUGGCCCCGUAGGCAAAGUGAUCUUCUUUGGGUUUAUGAUCGCAGUUUUUGUGUUCAUUUUGGCAGCGUUUUUCAAUGAGUGUUGUGGGUCGGGGGCGAAUCGGCCACAGCGACGACGACGUGGUGGUGGUGGUUACGGGGAUGAUGGGCCUCCGCCUCCGUACUCAGCCUCGCCGCCUCCUUAUACUCCUUCUUCGGACCCUAAUGAGCGCUGGAGACCCGGGUUUUGGACGGGUGCGUUGGGUGGUGGGGCGGCUGGUUAUGCGCUGGGAAGAAGAAGCGCUGGGAAUCGGUCUAGUUCGUCAUCUACAUGGAGCCGGUCCUCCUCGUCCAGAAGAUAUGAUGACCCUGGCGAGGGUAGCUCAGGAUCGCGCACUCCGCGCUUCUCCAGCACCGCCACAAGUACCGGGUUUGGCUCAACACGCCGCAGGUAAUAGCUAUAAAGGAGCAGAGACGCGAAACGGCAGUCGAUGCCUUGGGGAGUAUGCGGUAGCUAUAAGCCUUUGAUUCUUUCGAUACUCUCGUUGUAAUGACCGAGCACUAAGAUACACGUAGACCAAAUCGUCGGGAAAUCCUCAUUAUGCCAGCCGCCACGGUGCAGCAAGCAAA